AUGCCCCCUCCCGUCGGCCGAUACGGCGGCCCUACCGGUAUCACCGGUCCCUACUCCCAUCUAGCAGCCCAGCAACAGGCUCACCUCCAGCAACAACAGCAACCACAGCAUCACCCGCCUCACGCCCAGUCUAGCAACACAGCUCUCCCGCCGCCCUCGCUUGGCGGCCACCCUGGUUUCACAACCGCGAACCCGAACGCAAAUAUGAAUCCUUUUACGUUGUCUGGUGCAGGGGUAGGGAAUGGGAUGUCUGUCGCGGGAUUUGGAGCCGCCGCGGAUGGUGGAGGUACGGGGCUUGCGAGCCAUGCGGCUCAGAUGGGGUUUGCGAGGGGUGCGCAGAUGCAGCAGCAGCAAUUACACCAGGCGCACGACGGGAGGUUUACGCUUGAAGGGAAGGGUGCUGGUGUUAAGACGCGGAUACGCGACGUAUGGAAGCACAAUCUAGCCCAGGAGAUGGCGGUUCUGAGACACCUUGUCGAGAAGUAUCCCUACAUCAGCAUGGAUACGGAGUUCCCCGGAAUCGUCGCGCGUCCGAUUGGAUCGUUCACGAACAAAGCAGACUACCACUACCAAACCUUAAGAUGCAACGUCGACUUGUUAAAGAUGAUACAGCUCGGGAUCACCCUUUUCUCGGAGAAAGGAGAAGUGCCGCCGCCAGAUGCUACCGAUGCGAACGGACAACCACUGGGAAAUGGCCUCGUACCUGCGCCGUGUACGUGGCAGUUCAACUUCCGGUUUUCGCUAGAGGAGGACAUGUACGCUCAGGAGUCAACGACGAUGCUGGCCAAGGCGGGCAUUGACUUCGCUACACACGAGAAAAACGGUAUCGACCCGCUUGAAUUUGGAGCCUUGCUGAUUAGUUCUGGAUUGGUAUUGUUGGAUGAUGUUCAUUGGGUCUCGUUCCAUUCCGGCUACGACUUUGGCUACCUGAUGAAGAUUAUGCUUUGCCAAGCGCUACCAGAGAAUGAAGAAGAGUUCCAUAAGCUCCUCACCAUUUUCUUCCCAUCGCUAUACGACAUUAAAUAUUUGAUGAAACACGCAGGACGCAACCAAGCGGUCAACGACUCUCCGUUAACACCGGCCGCCGCUCAAAUCCUCACCAACCUCGGACAAAAAUCUGGACUCCAGGACAUCGCAGACGAACUUGGGGUAAAACGGGUCGGCAUCGCACACCAAGCCGGCUCUGACUCCCUCGUCACUGGAGAGAUGUUCUGGAAAAUGCGCCAACUGGUCUUCAACGGCAAGAUCGACGACUCCAAGUACUCCGGCCAAAUCUGGGGCUUGAACGGCCAGAUGCCGACCAUGACAUACCAUAUCAACCCACAUCAAACACCGAACCUCAACGGCGCCACAAUAUACUCAGCUGCUGGUACGCCGAGCACCCCAAAUAAUGCUGGCGUUCAAACCCCUCAACAUCACACUCCCGGAGCGCUGACGCCUGGAGCUACAGGUGGAGUCUUAGGACAAUUUCAAAUGGCGAAGUCGUGA